UUUUUAUGAGAUAUCUUUGAAAUUCCGAUCUUAUAAGUAUAUCAUUUGAUAGAGCGUCAUGUAGGUAAUGGAGUCGAUGUUCGAUUCGUCAAUUAAAAUAAUUAUCUUUAUUUUAUGAAAUAUCACAUAAAACUGUUUAUAAUUGUGUCUAUCUGGAUUGCGGUGAAUGAUUUUAGUUUAUUUACGAAAUUCGACUGCGGGAAUGUAUCCAAACAACCUUGUUCUGUCAAUGUAUGAUGACUGCAGCGGUAUAAGAAAUGUUUAUGAUUUAAAAAAGCAACAAGCAAACGAACAACGCAAAAUAUAGUUCUGUUUCGGUGGAUCCGAGUUAAUGGUUUGGAGGGAGCAACAAUAUUGUGGACCAUCAGAUGAAACUAUGGCAUCAGAUCAACCCGUGAAAAAGAAGCAGCGGAUCGACGCCCCAGACAUAGAUGAUGGUAGUGACAGGUCUGCAGAGGAUGUCCUAACAGAUAUAUUUGAUUCUGAGACCCCUGCUGAGACAUCAGAGGCAUUUCCAGCCAGGAAUGGGGAGUCUCCUGACAGUGGCACUGUAAGUGAGGAUGCUGUAGACUGCUCAGCCAUCCUCAGACUUCCCAACAAUUCUAGUGUGGAAAUUAUACCAACAUGCUCAAAACCACUUUGGAGUUCUGAAGAUGAUAAACUGCUCUCUGAGUUACGAAUAUUACAAGAUGCCCUUGUUAGCCAGUGCCUGUGUAGAUUUGAUGAAAAUAUUGUCCUAAAUCUGUUCGAUAGACGUCUGAACAUAGUAUCAUGGCCAUUAACAUGUUCUCUAACAUAUUUAUCUACAAUGCAACUUAUGUUUGACAUUUAUUUAAAACAAAACAACACAGGCACCAUAUGUUCAAAGUUAAUGCAAGCCUGUGACAUAUUUGUUAGGAACAGACAUGAUUGGAUCACUGAGGUUAUAGAUUUGGCUGAUCAUCACAGUAGAUUUGUGAUUUUUGUGGCCAGCAGGGUUUUAGCAAGUUUCCUUAUUGUUUCAAAAGAUACGGUGGAUGAGAACUGGUUGCACCAGAUAGCAGAAAAUAUAUAUUCAUUUGAAAGCAUAAAUAGAAUAACAGUACAAAAGAUUAACUUCAGUUUAGAUAUAAUAAAAAGGAUAGUAGAAUGGAAGGAUGUGGAGCAGCAUCCUUUAGAAGAUAGCAAUUAUAUAAACACAGCAGGGACCAUGCAUGUUCAAGAAGAUAACCCAUUCAGAAGUAGUAUUGGAUAUGGUAAUAGCAGCAGUACAGAAAUACCUUCAUCUAGCUCUCAAAGCAAUAACUUGCACAGUGCAUUCUCUAAUUUACAAACUCAUAGUGCAUCAUCGUCUUCAGGAGAGAGACAUUCAGAAGAUAAAUCAACAACAUUCAGACUUCAUGAACCAGUGUUAAAGUUCCCAAUGCAGCAGCCCAUAGAAGAUAUAGAGCAGCCUGGCUCUCCUGAGCGUCCUCCAUCGAGGAUAGAGAGAGUUAAUGAGCAUGGUUGUGUGACAAUUUUAUUAAGAGACUCUGAAUCUUUCGACACAUCCCACAUAAAGUGCUUAACAAUCAAAACAUUGGAACAUAACUGGCCAGACUUGGUGAAAAACAUGAAACUCCUCCUACACACGUACCUGAACUUAGCUAAUGUUGAAAACUGCAUACUCACAUUUUUCUCCUUGUGGGAGAACAUUAUAAGUGUCAAAGCAAAUCUCUCAGUGAUUGAUACCAAACCUUUUUAUGAAGAUCUGCAGAGUUUUGUGGAUUUACUCAGAAAUACAACCUUACCAACACUAAUUUACACUCAAUUGUUGAGUUUAUUCAAUGAAGUGCUUUGCUAUGGUUCAACACUAGCAUUACAAGACAUUUUACCUGAAGAGAUUUGCUGUCUUGCUCACUCUAUAGUUAGAUUUGUGAAAGACUAUAGAUUGUUAAGUGACAUUCGUGUGCAGAAUAGCCGCAGUGGUUUUGGAUUUUUAGGGCAUGAAUGUAAGGUGAUAAGAGACUAUUCACUAGGACCCGAGGUAGUGCCUUUAUCAUCUUCAAUACAAUUGGUAGACCAGAGUUAUGGUGAAGAUGAUAAUGAUGAUUCAUCUCAGUCAAGGAGUGAAGUGGAUAAAACAAUGCUGCAAAGAAUGUCUCUGUUGGUUCUUAAAUCAAUAGCUGUCACUGUGAAGGAGAUGCGUUGUGAUUCCUCGGACAGUUCAAUAGAUUCAUCAGAUUAUAACGCAAUACAAGACAUGCAAAUUGUUGAGAGAUCCAUCAGAGAUGUAUUGAAGAAGCUGGAUGUUUUCAUCAGGAAUAGUUUAGAGUUCCAUCCUGAGACUGCUUUUACUAAGAUGCUAAUACAUUUGUUCAGUGAACAAGAUGAUUACCUCAUAGAAUCUAUGGUGUGUACUCUGGAUAUCACGGUCGGUAUUGUUUAUAGGAAUUCUAUGUACCCAGACCUGGUACCGAUGUUAAAUCCUGUAUCCUCAUUCAUAGAGUUCUUAAAAGUUGUCUCGCAUGACAGUGAUGUCUUAUUAGACUACCUGGUAAGUAAUGAAACUUGUUUUCUAUUGUACUUGCUACGAUUUCUAAAACAUGUGCGAAGGAACUGGCCUAAGUUUCUAGAGACAUGUCAACAGGAGGAUUAUGGGGGCACACGAGGUUUAGAGGAUACAAUGCGGGUUUUAAUAAGGUUGCGUUUGCAAAUAAGUAGAUUGGUGUCCAGAUCGCUAUUCCCAUAUAACAUCAGUCCAGUACUGAGGUUGUUGGAUGUUUGCGAAAGCUUGUAUGAAGGUAAUGAGUUCAGCUGAGUUUUAAAAACCUCUGGUUUUGUGUAUUGUUCAAGCCAUAUUAUUCAUUGUGCUUAUGAAUGUCUCAGAACAAAAAGCAAGCACAACAUAUAGAUUUGUGUUUUAUCAAACAUGUAAUUAUGAAAUAUAUAUAUAUGUAACAUUAAUAAUAAAUUCAAAGAUUUUUGUUUUCAUUAAUGUAUAAAAUAACAUUUUAGGUUCAUUCCCAUUUUUCACACUACAAAGACUGCCAAUCCUUAAUUUACAUUCCAAAUUAUCUAUAUUCAUAUAUUAUAAUUAAUAAUAAUUAAGUUAAUUUAUGUUCACUGUAGAUUUUUAUAAUAAUUUAAAUAAUGGCAUUGUAAUUAAUUAGACUAAGUAAUUUGUUAUAUUGUCUUCCUUUAAGAAUAAUCAUAGGAAUACAUUAUUACUAUAUCAUUAUAGAAGUUUAGUGAUGCACAGUGCCACUUUUGAUAACAUUUGUAAUAAAAAAAAAAAACUCCUAUCGCCUGCUCGAUAUAAAGGUUUUUUUUAUUAUCAUUUUAAAUAUGACAUUCUAAAAUUUAUCUUUACUGACUACUAAAUGUCCUAUUUUGACUUUAACACGUUCACGCCAGGGCCGACUUUAAUGUUUUUGCUGCGAGGCGGCGCUCUAAUUGAUGCUACGCUUCAUGAUCGAAUACGUACCACCGGUGGUACGCGCCGCCAGAAAAGACAGUCUAGUGCGGGCCACCGGUGGUACGCGCUGCCAGAUAAGACAGUCUAUUGCGUACCGCCGGUGGUACGCGCCGUCCAAUGAGACAGUCUAGCGCGGGCCACCGUUGGCCCGCGCCGGCGGAAACGUGUUAAAAUAUGUCUCAUUUUAAAGAUGAAUUGCAAAUUUUGGAAUAUUGUCGAAAAAAAAAAAAUAAAAGAAGGAAAAAGAUAAUUUCAUAGUUUUCAAAAUUGAGGUCAUUAUUAAAUAAUUUGUAUUGAAACAUUGAAUAGGAUUUUGUUAUAACUGUAUAUAAAAUCUAUCAGUUACGUAUUCAAUGUAAAAUGAUAAUAAUAAAACUAAUAGAAAAUUUGACAGCUCGCGAAAUGACGAGAUGCGAGAAAUACAUCUUUAACCCUCCGCCAACCGUAUAGGACGAUAUCGUCCGCGCCAAGUUUCGACCUGAUGCAUAUCUUUGUACGAAACCCUUUUUUUCGCUGGCUUCGGACCCCUCUGUAAAAAAACUUAUACACGCGCGUACCCCACAGGCACAAGCACGUCAGUAUCCGUUGCAACAUCAUUGAGUAUGAAUGUGUGCAAGUUUGCAGGUGGACGAUAUCGUCCUGUACGGUUGAUGACGUAACUUUUACGAAUAUUUAGGCAUACAUACAUACAUACAUACAUAUCUGUCACGCCUGUCUCCCAUUAGGGUAGGCAGAAACAAUGGAACGCCAAAUGCUUCGAUUCAAACAAACCUCUUUCGUUUAGGCAUAUGAAAUAUAAAUAUUUUUCAUUGCAUUAUCAGUGUUCUGAAUGAAAAUUUAGUGUAAUAAUUGUUAGAUGUAAUUUUUUCAGAAUUUUCAUUUGUUAUUAUGGCUGAAGCCUUACACGAACAUCAGUAUUAUCUACUAGUGAAUCGGAAUCUGAAAUUGCAUGUAAAAGUGAACAUCACUCCUCCGAUAACCAAGAAAUUGAGGGGGGAAAGGGAUUGUUAGUAAUGAGAUUUAACAGCCCCAUUACUAGUAAUACACCAGGUCGACCUCCACGCGGUUCUCCCUGGAAACCAUAGUGGGUCAAUCUUGUUCAAUUGGUCACUAUGGGCCAACUGACCUGCCUUCAUCCUCACCUGUCACCCUUCACUGGUACUCCGCCAGCGUAUAUCGAUAGUGCAGACGGAGCCACCGUUCCAUCUUCACUCAUUAAAAAAAAAACAAGAAAUUGAAGAGGAAGGUGAAUCUAAUCCUGAUCAACCUCCACCAGCGAAACUUAUUUAAAUACUCUUUUUUUUUUCUGUUAUUCUCAUAUUAUAUUGUAAUUUAAAAACCAAUUUUGUAUUAAUUUCUUAAUAAUAAUUAUAUUUUAUAUAUAAUUAUUAUUAAGAAAAUACUAAUCCAAUAAAAUACUUAUUUUCUUGAAAAACGUUCCUUUUAAAAAUAUACCAUUUUCGGGUGUUAAAAUAAAUAUAUUUUUUUGAGUGGUGUAAGAGCUUAUAUGAAGAAUAAAUCUUCAAAACAUUACUUCUUAAUACUAAUUUAUAUCCAAGGUAUCGAUUUUUGAAUGAAAUCUUGGAAAUUACGGUUUUUGCAGAGAUUACAAAAUUUUAUUUCAUCAGGGGGUAAAGUAUUCAAGUCAAAAACUAUGGAAACAGAAAAAAGAAAUCUAGAGCAUAUUCCCCGAUUUUUUUGGAAUUUUUCCCUACCUUGAAGUAGGUUAUAUUAUCGUCUAGGACGAUAUCGUCCGUGCCGGUUGACGGUGUGCAAAAAAAAACAUAUGGUUGGCGGAGGGUUAAAUAUAUUUGAUACUCAGUUAUGUAAUAGUUUUAGAAAACUUUGAGGCUGUUGUUAUGUAUAAAAAAUACAAUUUGAUAGCAAAAUAUGUUUAACUGUCUGUGCGUUGCUAUAAUAUUCUAAAAAAAAAUCUUCAAAAUAGUGCCUUACAAUCGAAUGGGUGCUUGUUAAAAAAAAAAAUGCGUUAAUGCAACUAUUUAUAAUAAAAUUAGUCGCCAUUUACUUUAAAUAUAAUAUAUCAAAAGAUUAAUUGUACUUAUAUUUAGAUUUUAGACAAAUUAGAAUUUAUUUAUUAUAAAACAUUGGUUGUAUUAUACAUUGUAGUUAGUUUUGUGUUGCAUAUAUGAAAAGCGGGUCUAAAUGUCUUACUAAAUUAUGUUUCAUGCCACAAUGUAAAUAUCGCCAUCAAUUACCAUAGUACACAUAAGUAAUGUAAUCAGUAUUAAUACAAUAUCCUAAUUUAUAUGAAGGUCUAAUUGUAAUGACACAUCUUGGUGAACUUAUUAAGGCCCAUGAUCUAAACGUUUUUUCAAAAAUCCUCACAUUUAAAUGUAUGUAAUAAUAAUCAAAUUAUAAAAAGGUUAUAAAUAUGGGGUGUAUUCAAAAUUAUUAGCUUUUUUGUUGUUUUUUUUCCUAAGAAUAAAUCUGAACAUUUUUUUACAAAAAAGGUCAGGAAAAACAAAUGUCAAUGUAUGAUUCUCCGAGAAAGUAUCGUAUGUUUAGUUUCACCGGAGAACAAUAUCAUUCUCCAUGACUUUAAUUUCACCCAGUUUAUUUAGUAACUAUUCGAAAAAAAUAUCACUUGAAUAACAUACAUACCAUGGGGUCGUUAAUAAGUUUGCCAAGACAACAAAUUAAAUUCAGUUACGGGAUCUAUUUGCGAUGUAAGUUAGCUUUAAGUUAGUAAAUCGCGACAGACUGUUAAAUAUUCUGCGAGUAGAUAUCGGUUUGUUAUUCGUUAGCGGUAAGCUGUUGAUUUUCCAUUAUAACCUUAUUGUCAUAAAAAUAAAUAACUGAAUAGAAGUGACACUGCUGGAAAUAAUAUUCAUACUUGGUUCAUAUCCGGCUCGAAGGACCAUAAGGCCUGUUAAUCUAUAACCUAAGGUACAAUUCUCAAAGUGUGUACUCCUAAUUAUUUUAUUAAUAAAAAACUGCAGGAAAGUUGCACUAAGCUGCACGUACGAAGUGACAACACGAUACUUUAUCUUAUAAAUUUAAAACAACCCUAGUACAAAACUGUAUUAGAUCGUAACAUUAAAAACUACAAGCAUGCGCCUUUAAAUCUUUACUGCACAAAAGAGAAUGGAAAAUAGAUAAUAGAAAAAAUAUAAAAAGUUCUAAACAGGAACAAGUCUAUUCAGAAUACAGUAUCUAAAAGGAAGAAGUGUAGGUACAUUUUGCCGCCAAUGCUGCACUGGUAAAGUUCAUCAGUGUCACUUUUAUCUGGAUAUUUAUUCUUGUAGUUAUGUUGAAUCUCAAUCUGGAAUUGUUAGUCAUCAUUGGACUCAAUUUUUACAUAUAAGUUGGUAUAUUUGAGGCAGAUUCUGAUGUCAUUCUCUAAAACUAUCUCUAUUCCAAUGAACAUUGAUUUUUUAUGAUAUGAUUGUCUCCUUUAGUCUUUCUCUCUAUUCUCGUCUCUUCUUCCGUUCUAUCUAUAGAGAUACUGUUUUUUUUUUUAAUAUUAGUAAACUAUUACAGCAAUCUUCAUGUAUUUUUACGCAUUAAAAGUCUGUAACUGUGUUUGCGUCAUAAUAAAAUAAAUUCGAACAGCCAAUGUGCUGCCAAGGACAUGCAUCAGAGAAAGACAUUAAUUGUCGAUCUAUUAAGCUAUUAAUUGAACAUUAUCGUUUCAUAUGUAUCUAAUUUCUUUUUUACAAAAUAUAAUUGAAUGGGAUUUUGAGAAUAAUUUUAGAGAAUGAAUUAAUUAUACAGGUAGAUAAACUGAAUUUCACUGCAAUAGUGCAAAUUAAAAAAAAUAUUUCAACACUUAACAUCUCCGUCAUAAAUUAUACAGGGUUAGUUGUAAUACCUUACUUAUCAAACCAAACUCCGAUGAUAAUUCCUAAAACUUGAACAAACACCUCUCAAGAAACGUUACGCUAGCACAAAUCUCAAAAUUAUUUAUUUAACUUUUCACAAAGUCGCUAUUUUACGUUUCCGAAAUAGACAAAAAGUUCCAAAAACAAUUUUGCUUUUAUUUAGUUUCAUAAAUAGGUAGAUACUAACCCUGGUUUUGGAAUUGGUAUUCUCAUUACAAUAACAGAACUAUCUUAACCAUACAUUUAAUAUUUAAUAACUAUUGUACUGUCUUUUUUUUUCAUAUCUGAAAGUGUUAAUAGGCAAAAAGGAAUUCUCAAUGGAUUCGGUUAUAAUGCACUUUAGCUGUUGCUAAAUGAGAUCCUGUUUGCUAUUUAUUUUCAUGUUUACCUCUAGGUAUAAUUCUCAUGAUUUAAGUUUCCACUAAAGUAACCUUUACUAACAGAGAUAGAUCUUGCCAAUAAAAUGUUAACUAUUUCUCAUAUAUUAUACUUAUACAUAAAUACCUCUAUAAUGUACAGCUAAAAGUUGUAAUAAAAUUAACGUUCUUGCAAAAUAACAAUAAGUUAAACUAUGGUAUUAUCGAUUCUAUUGUGAAAAUAUGCAUAAUUAAUAUUUUUAAUUUCAAUUUAUUGGAGUCGAUUCUGUAAGAGUGGGUAAUAUAUAGCAAUAUCUACAUUUUAGUUACAAUAUCUAUAUAAUGGUCCAAUAACGAAUAUGUUAAAGGACUGUUGUCCAAAAAAUAUUGUAUAACAGUCUUUAAAUAUAUUGGAAAAUAGAUAUCCGACCGAUAUAGGCAAUAUCCAAAGGAAUGAUGACUUUUUCGGCCAUUAAGUCCAGAGAACCCGUCCCGAAAUGUCCGAAGGAAUUAAAAUUUCAAUUUGAUAUUACAGCGAAAUCCGGGCCAUUGUGAACUAAUUUUAUAAUAAUUUCGCGAAAUAAUAAAAUUUAAAUAUUAGGUUUAUAGAAUUGUCGUCUCAAAAUCGUAUAUUUUGUAUUGCCCCAACUAAUUACACAGUCUUAUUAAUGGAUUUGUAAUUAAAUAUUCAUCUUCACAUAAAUUCCCACUAGUCAUGACUAGUUUUUGGAAUGUUUGUUUUAGGCUUAAAUAAUAAAGCGAGCGGUCGUGACGAACAGUUGGAACGACAAGCUAUUUAUACUAUUGUUCAUAAAUAUUAAAGCCAACAAAACUAGGUUUUGUCACUUCAUUUUCGAAAAAAAUACUGUUCGGAAAAAACAAAUCUCUGAUUAGGGACGACAAAACUUAGUCCAGUUUAACCCCUAUAAGACAGAAGUUUGCGGGGUCACCGCUAAAAAAUCCUUUUGCUCCACAAUUCUAGGGCACGUCUCUUAACAUUUCUUAAAGCAUUGAUAUUCUUGGUGUCGACAUCUCUAGUGACGUACAGUUCCGUGGCCACCUCGAAGAUAAGGUCAAGCUGGCAUCCAAAAAAUUCGGUGUGCCUAAUAGAGCGAAGCAUUACUUCACGCCGAAUCAAUGAUUAAUACUCUACAAAUCGCAAAUCUGGCCCCACAUGGAGUAUUGCUGUCACUUAUGGGCGGGAGCACCUAGAUACCAGCUUGAACCCUUCGAGUCAGGGCAACGACGAGCUAUGAGAAUUGUCGAUGAUUUCAGACUUACAAGCGGUAUCGAAUCCUUAAGUCUUAGGAGAUAUUUUGUCCACUCUGCGUGUUCUACCGCUUGUACAACAGAUUGUGCUCAGAGGAAUUCUUCAAUAUGAUGUCCACGGCCACUUUCUACCAUUGUACGGCUUGCCAUCGACAGGAAGUUUACCCUCACACCCUAGAUAGUCGCUUACAACGCGCUUUCAGAGAUGUUUUCUCCCACGAACAUUCAGAUUAUGGAAUUAACUCCCUGCUUAGGUUUUUCUAAGAGAUUACAGCAUGUCGUUAUUCAAAAGGGGAGUAAAGAGGUUUCUUCAGGGUCGGCAACGUGCAUGUAUUGCAGACGUUCAUAGACUAUGGUAACCGUUUACCAUCAAGUGGGCUGUAUAAUUUUUGUCAUAUAUCAUUUAUA